AUGGGGGUGGACAAGCGCAAACCACCACUUCCUGCACCCACUGAAGCUUCUACCACGGCUGGCAGCGUCACCGGCACUGACCUCGCCACGGACGUUUCCAGGCGUACCGACCGUACAUCCUAUUCCAUCCCCGAGGACGGCAGCCCAGUGACCAUUUCAACUCGUCGCCGGAGAGACAAGGACGCUGAAAGCCACCUGAGCCGCUCAUCGCACAAAUCCCAGACGUCUCUGCUGAUUGAGUAUUUCGAAGGAGGCAAAAACGGCGACAAGGGUCACCGACCCAGUGUCCGAGUCCGCGUUACUCCAUCGUCUGCUCGGCGCAGCAAAGAAAAAGGUGACCACGAGCACAUUCAAAUCACCGAGACGGGAUCCUCUCGAAAACCAUCCUACACCAGGCGCAUCUCACUGGGGCCGCACGUUGAAGGUGCGAAACAAUUGACUGAAGGCAUUGACGACCGCAGUUCCCUUGCAUCCGUAACAGACGAAUCUAAUUUAACCUCCCGACCGCCGGUUGAGGUUGAAGUGCUGCCCAAGAGUGGUGACGGCAGUGACUUGUCUGCGCUCAGUACAACCGAAGGUCCUCGAUAUACGAUCGGGAACUCGGAAAUUUCUUCGAUCCCCCCAGACAGUUUUCUCGACAAUCCCGACGCCACUCGCACUCCGCAGAGACAACGGAGUCGGAGCUUAGCCAAAGCAGACGUCAUGGCGGCCGGUGACACCCUCAAGGCCCCCACUCGACGUCGAAGCCGCAGCCUGAGUCGCGAGCGAAUCACCCAAAAAGUUUUGGAGAAGCUUGAGAGCCAGCCUUCCACCAAGCAACGACGAGCGAGUCAUGGUCGCAGCCGUAGCGUGAGCAAGGAGCACUUAACUGAAGAUAUCACAUCUCCGCAGAGGCGGCCAAGUCGACAACGCUACGAUGACGAAUUCACCAGCGGUGCAGAAUCAAGCCUAUUAACCUCACAGCUCUCUCCGCGGCGCAAAUCUGGUGACCAAUAUUCGUUCCGAUCAGGGACCUCUCGCUCAUCCAUUAACAAUCCUAAAUUGCUCGAGACAGUAGAAGAUGCAAUCCGUCGACUGAUUCUGCCCGAAUUGACUGCAUUAAAAGAGGAGCAGAAGCAGCACGGUCAUGGUCGCACAGACAGAGAAGCAGAUGACUCUGUGGUCUCCGGAAGCAGUGUCUCCCACAGGGAAAGCCGCCGUCGACGGCCGUCAAAAACCUCAAGCAUCUCGGAUCUAGCGGAGAGGCCCAAGGUGAUCUUGAACAAGGACGACAAUAGCCCCGGUCUGAUCCUCUCUGGGAAUUCGUUGAAAGGAAGGAGGAGGCCCUCGAGAGAUAUAGUGGACGACACCUCAGAGCAAAGCUAUGAUCGUUCCGUCCAUGAAGAUCCGGCUAUAGAAGAAGGAAGACGAAGUAGCCGAAGAAGACGGAGCAGUAAAGAUAGUCAUCAUCACCUACGCGAAGCCGCCGCCGCCGGCGCAGCUGGAGCGCUCACGCUUGAAGCCCUUAAGCACCACGAGUCGAGAUCGAGCCUUGAUCGGAGGGAGAGACGAAGGAGACGACACCACAGCCAUAGUCGAAGUGAGAGUAUUGCGGACAGUACAGCAGAGGCGCAACCUGAACCUCUGAUUCCAAGAUUGCCAAUGAGCAGUGAUAUCCAUAGUUCUGAACUGACAAGGGAGUCGAUCUUAACGGCACCAUCCGAAGUGCACUCAGGCGAUCCAUCUGCAGCCCCUGUUCACUUAGUGUCCCGGGGCUCACCCCGCCAGGUUGAGUCGCCGGCCAGUAGGACCCCGACGAGAACAAGGACGCCGGUGUCCUCCCACAAAGGAUACGAGAUCGAAAGAGAACGGGGCACUCGUUCCCGGGGCAGCCCCAGCUUACGCAGUUUAAGAAGCGAGAGAAGUGCUUACGGUGGUCUCGGAGAAGCAAGGUUGACCGAUUCCGUAGUGGCUGAGGCUGCGGCGGUCGAAUCCCAAGUCGCUGACUUGCACCACGCAGGGCAUGAAGAUGUGUCUGAGCAUGACUAUGCACAGCAUGACCGAGGUCUUAGUCCGGUUCAGAGCAUUGCAAGCUCGCGCGAAAUGGUUGAACCACUGAGAAGAGGCUCACCCAGACACAUCCAGGCGUCGGCUUCAUUGUCAUCUUUGGGCAAAAAUGUUGUGCGACGCAAUUCCGAAAUGUCAAUUGAUUCCAUGUCGUCGUCACCUAGCACAAAGAUCGCACGGGCGAUGAGACCAAAAGGAAUCAACCUGCAAAAAGGAAAUACCAUUAUUAGCCAAGACGUUUUGCCUGAAUCAGAACUAAUGCAUCAUGAUGAACUUCCUCAGGGAGCUGGCAUCGAUGAGUGGUACGAUCAACAGGAGCGCAGUCAUGCACGAAAUCUGUCCCCGCAUUACGAGAACAGCGAUCGUGAAUCAAUGGACGCUAAACGCGAUACAACCUAUACGGACGAUAGUGCUCCCUAUUCAGCCAAGAUUGCUGCAGGGCAAGAGAUCAAGGAUUUCGAUCUCACCAACCCCGAGUAUCGCCAUGCUCCCGCCGGGGUCGAGUCUGCCGUGGCUUCGUUGCACGAUCCGUCAAUCUUGGAACCACCAUACUCUGGUGAUAAAACUCAUUUUGUCGAAGGCCACGACUACUCUGAAUCCGAGGAAGACCGAGACGAAAAGUACCGUCAAGCGGAAUUUGAACUAGGCCAUGCUAGGACUCCGAGGCCAGAGUCCGUGUACGAACACAAAACGGAACAUUUCCAGGAUGACCAAUCCGUCUCUGAAAGGCAGUAUAGCGAGCGACUUGACCAGCGCUCGCCCGUACAAAGCGUUACGCAUUCAAUUAUGCAUGAGGACGAGGAGCCAGUGCACAUGACUGCAAGUGGAAUCCCUGUGGCUCACGACCCCAUGCCUGAGAUUGGUCAUGGCUUGGAUGAUGAAUCAGACAUCAACACGAACCCAUCAAUCAUCCAAGGUCCGAUUGGGGGCUUGCACCAUGGGGAGCGCGACCGCUGGGAUUACGAUCAAACACCGCUGCAGUCUGAGAGAGGGCAUGGGGAGGAAGAGCAUGUUGAGUUUGAAGCCGCCGAGGCCGGACUCUUGGGUGCUGCCGCCGGCGCCGGCGCUGGCGCAGCCCUUGCGCAUCAUAACCGCGAGCUAGAAGAGCAGCAGCAGGAGCAACAGCAUGAUCGAAUUGAAAACCCUUACCCGAAUGAGGACAGUAAUCUUCAUGAUAAGCAAGCAACUGUCGAAGAUGACUAUGAAGAACUUGAUCGCCAUAUCGAUGCCCUUAACAGCUCGCAACUCAAGGACGAGGGAUACAUUUCCGCGGCAAACCAGGGUCCACUAACGCCUGAACCCCUUCUCAAGGGACGCCGAUUAUUCGACGAUGACGGUCUUCCGGGUACAGAAGACGAGAAUGAAAUUUUUGCUGGCGGUCGGAACCGGCUCAGUGGAAAUUCUCAGGGAAUUGAGUCCCCUUUGUAUGACAGUGCUCUGGGGAGGGGAAUGGAUAGAAUCCAAUCCAAGGAUAUUGUCGCCCUAAUGGACCACCUCACUGUCCGGGACGCUCAAAGAAACGCGAGGGAUACUGAGAUCUUAGUCACGCUGGUUCGCAGUGCAGCGGAAAUGCGCAACUCUUUUGAAGAGAUGAAACGUUUCAUCGCUGAUCAAGACGAAAUGAUCAUGACCAAUACCGAGCGCACUGCUGAACGUUCUGUGCAGAAGAUUAUAGGAGGGCCUCGGGCGCCGCCUGUUGGCUUUUCUCGCUCAUCGCGACACGCUUCUGCCGAUGAUGAUAUGAUUGAUGACAUUCCCACGAAGAGAAAGAAUGUCUUUAAGAGAGCACUCAAGGGGCUGAGCAUGCGGAGUGGCAAUGACCUUGCAAAAAUUGAAGGCAUGCUAAUUCAACUACUGGGCGAAAUGGAGGGACUCAAGGCCGCUCAGGAAAUGCGCAAUGCCGCCAUGACACAUUCAAAUAGUUUUAAUUCCUAUGAAAAUCUUCGUGCGGCUCCCGAUGGAUACGAACCAGAAGGCCGUGCGGGGACAGCUUCUACAGGUACUCACUCUGUUGGAGCUCUUUCAAACCCUCCGUCCCGAGGAAGCGUCGCUCGAGGAGGCUAUGAUGGUCGACGUGCAUCGCAACAUCGCAUCAGCACUGUCAUGGAAGAUGACGAGGAGUUGGAGGACCAUGAGGCAAAUGUCCUCGACAAUCAAUUUGAAAAUAAUGAGCGCCAUCUUACACCCACGCAAGAGAGGAUUCGCGGAGGUUCUGUGCCACUUGACAGCCCACCGCCGAUGCAAAUGGGCGGGUCUCGAAGCAGCGACAAUACGCCAAAGACAGACAAGAGCCGGAAGCACAAGUCAAGCAACUCUUCCUUCUUUCCCAAGAUUUCGAGAUGGUCCAAGACGACAACCUCUUCGGCAGGAGGUCGCAAAGAUAGGCCCUCUUCUGAAGCCUCUCGAUCUGGGUCUGAUUUGGGUCAAUAUGCCGACCACCAGUAUGAACCUCAAUCUGGAGACCGUCUUCAAUCACCAUACUCGCCAGAUGCACGGUCAAUUGGCCGUGAAGAAGUCAAGUCUCCCUCCGUCAGGUCCCCUUCUCUUAGGUCCCCUUCUGUGAGGUCGCCUUCUGUUAGGUCCCCCUCGCCGCUUAUUGAGGAAGAGGACGCCCAUUACCAUGCCCACCGAAAUUCCUUGAACCUUGAGCACCCUCAACCGCGCCAGGGCCCCACUCAUCGUCAUCAGCACCGUCUCGAGUCUGAAGCUCAAGAUUUUGGGUCGCCCCUUUCUCCAGCAUCAGACCAGUGGGGUUCGAAUCCAAGCCUCUCACGAUUUGCAGCCCAACCUCACCAUCAUCUCAGUGGAGGCAAUUUGUCGCCCAUCUCCGACGAUGCUCAAUCUGACGCGUCGGCAUCGGAGCAGCAAUUUGACCCUCUUCGGCCCUCUAGGUUCCGCGAUGAUGGUCCUUUGGUCCCGCAACCUCCCCCUCGGAUUCCGACAUACGAGGAACAAUUGCAGUAUAGCUCACCCUAUAGCUCAGCAGGGCGCUCUGGUCGCCUUGAACCGAUCGAGGAGCGAUAUAGCGCUGAGGAAUCUCGCUAUGGCGAUACACCUUUUAUUCCAUCAUCAUCACCGGCGCCGCAACAGCUGCAACGAGAGCAGAUGACUGGCUCGCCUCGCUCUGCGCCUUCUAUUCGAUCCAAUCGCUCUACUCACUCUGCAUCUGCGCAAGUACCCCAGCGCAAGCCCACUGGUCCCAGACCGCUCUCCUCUAGUACCCAUGGGACUGGCAGUCCGCGACGUCAGCGCAACCGCGAGUCUCAAAUGACGACUGAUACCUUUGGCGCGCAGCAUUAUGAUGAUCAAACUUUUUAA